GCCUUCAUGUUUUACAACCUCAACUGCUGUAUUUUAUAUAAAGGCCACAAAAUGAAUAUUGUUAUUGAUGAAAAUUGGAUUACCUUGAGGACUCUCACUUAACUGAAAUCACAAAUGGAGCAGACGGAAAAAUCAAAAGUAUAUGCUGAGAAAGGAUUCUUAGAAAAGAUAAAGCUUUGCCUUUCAAAGAAACCGCUGCCAUCUCCCACUGACCGAAAGAAGUUUGACCAUGACUUUGCCAUCUCCACUUCCUUUCAUGGGGUACACAAUAUUGUUCAGAACCGGAGCAAAAUUCGCAAGGUGCUCUGGUUGGUGGUGGUCCUGGGCUCAGUCUCACUUGUGAUAUGGCAGAUCUACAGUCGCUUGGUCAACUACCUCACAUGGCCAACCACAACAUCUAUUGAGGUUCAGUAUGUGGAAAAGAUGGAGUUCCCAGCUGUAACAUUUUGUAAUUUGAACAGGUUCCAAACAGAUGCUGUAGCCAAAUUUGGUGUUAUUAUUUUCUUAUGGCACAUUGUAUCCAAAGUCCUCCAUCUUCGAGAAAUUACUGCCAAUUCCACUGACUCUAGAGAAGCUACUGAUUUUGUUGCAAGUCACCAAAACUUCAGCAUUGCAGAAUUUAUCAGGAACAAAGGUUUUUAUCUCAACAAUAGCACUUUGUUGGACUGUGAUUUUUUUGGAAAGCCGUGUAGCCCAAAGGAUUUUGCACAUGUCUUCACUGAAUAUGGAAAUUGUUUUACUUUUAAUCAUGGUGAAACUAUCCAAACAAAGAGAAAAGUGAGUGUCUCUGGAAGAGGCUUGAGCCUGCUCUUCAAUGUGAACCAGGAGGCAUUCACUGAUAGCCCAGCUCUUGGUUUCGUUGAUGCUGGGAUCAUCUUUGUUAUCCACUCACCAAGGAAGGUGCCACAAUUUGAUGGAUUAGGCUUGUUGUCACCUGUGGGAAUGCACACAAGGGUAACUAUCCGCCAAGUGAAGACAGUUCAUCAAGAAUACCCUUGGGGAGAAUGCAAUCCUAACAUCAAGCUGCAGAAUUUCAGCAGCUACAGCACUUCCGGUUGCUUGAAGGAAUGCAAAGCCCAGCACAUAAAAAAACAGUGCGGAUGUUUGCCUUUUCUCCUUCCUGGAAAUGGAAUAGAAUGUGACCUACAGAAGUACUACAGCUGUGUUUCUCCUGCACUUGACCACAUUGAACUUAAGGAGUUAUGUACAGUGGGAACACAUAAUUCUAGCUGCCCUGUUUCUUGUGAAGAAACAGAAUACCCUGCCACUAUUUCUUAUUCCUCUUUUCCAAGUCAAAAAGCUUUAAACUAUCUUUCCAAGAAGUUGAAUCAAAGCCGGAAAUACAUCAGGGAGAAUCUUGUAAAAAUUGAAAUUAAUUAUAGUGACCUAAACUAUAAGAUAACCCAGCAACAAAAGGCAGUGAGUGUGUCUGAGUUACUUGCAGAUCUUGGUGGUCAGCUGGGUCUAUUUUGUGGGGCCAGUCUGAUCACAAUCAUAGAAAUUAUUGAAUACAUAGUCACCAGUUUCUACUGGAUAUGCAUUUUCUUUUUACUGAAGAUACCUGAUAUGACCCAGUGGACUCCUCCACCUCAGCAUCUGGGAAAUAAAAAUAGGAUAGAGGAGUGCUGAUAUUCAUUUAGGCUAAAAUAAUGUGCUUUUCCCUUCAUGAUACCUUCAGAUUUAUCAUGACUAAUUCAUUGUUAUGUCACUUUGUUAUAGUUUUGAGAGUUCAAUAAAAGCCAUUAAUGAUAUAUAUCUUUUUAUAAAUAUUUCUGCCUUUCUAUUUGUCUCUGUAUGUAUGUAUAUUUAUACAUAUAUUAGAAAUAAGGAAAUAGGCACUAUCUUUUUCACCUUUGUGUUCCCUGCACUUAGAACAGUCAAGAUUAUGUAACGGACAUCUUACAUACUGUUUUCAAUGAAUGAAUAUUAGUGUAGUGAAAAAAAGACAUUCUUUAUGACUAUGUAAACUAGACCCAAUAAACUGUAUGUGAAAAGACAAUAUAUUUCUUUAUUCAAGAAAUAAUAUGUAUAAUUUAUGCUUUAUAGAGUUUUAAAGAAUUUUUAUUUUCACUAAGAUUCAACAUACUUUUUUCCUCCUUUUAUCUGGUGUUUUCUAUUGUAAAUGACUUUUGGAGAGACAGAAAUUUAUGUUUCCCA